AUGCAACAAAACAGCAGUGUCACUGAGUUUAUACUGUUAGGGUUGACCCAGGAUCCUGAGAGACAAAGUACGGUGUUUUUCAUCUUCUUGCUUUUCUAUGUGGCCACUAUCUUGGGAAAUACACUCAUCAUUGUGACCAUCAUGUUCAGCUCAGCACUUGGGAGCCCCAUGUACUUCUUUCUGUUUUAUUUGUCCUGUGCAGAUACCUUCUUUUCCACAUCCAUAGUCCCCAGACUCCUUGUGGAUUCCCUCUCUACAAAGAAAAUAAUUUCCUACAAUGAGUGCAUGACUCAAAUCUUCGCACUGCAUUUAUUUGGCAGCUUGGAGAUCUUUGUCCUCGUCCUCAUGGCUGUUGAUCGCUAUGUGGCCAUCUGUAAGCCCUUGCGCUACCCAACCAUCAUGAGAAGGCAGGUCUGCCUCAUCUUGAUUGUGUUUGCCUGGAUUGGGUCAUUUGUACAUGGCACUACUCAGAUUAUCCUGCUCUUAAGAUUGCCCUUCUGUGGACCCAAUUUGAUUGACCAUUACUGCUGUGAUUUGCAGCCAUUGUUGAAACUUGCGUGUACGGACACAUACGUGGUCAACCUGCUGUUUGUUUCUAACAGUGGAGCCCUUUGCUCAUGCAGUUUCUUGAUUCUGAUGUUUUCAUACAUAGUCAUCUUGCGUUCGCUGCGAAAUCACAGCGCAGAAGGGAGGAAGAAAGCUCUCUCCACUUGCUCUUCUCACAUCAUUGUAGUUGUACUAUUUUUUGGUCCCUGUAUAUUCAUAUACACACGUCCCCCAACUACUUUGCCCAUAGACAAGAUGGUGACAGUAUUUUAUACCGCCGGAACACCCUUUCUAAAUCCACUUGUAUAUACUCUGAGGAAUGCAGAAGUGAAGAAUGCCAUGAGAAAGCUGUGGCAUGCUGUACGGAUGCGUGAAUAA